AUGGAACAAGACUCUUCUACUUUCAAAGAUACACAAAAACAUAGUGAUGACGAAGAUGAUGAGAUUUCUGGUGACACCCAUAUUAAUGAAAGAACGUCUAUUAGUGUACAAGUUGAAACUUCUAUCCCUCCCACAAACGCGAAACUAUAUGAUACAUGUACACAAAAAAAGCUUGACGAUGAUGAAAAGAUCUCUGGUGAUAUCCCUAUCCAUAUUGAAGAAAAAACGUCCAUUAACGUACAAGUUGAUGACGAAACUCCUAUCCUCCUAAAACUUCCCCCAGAUGCAAAAGACCACGAAUCCGAAUUGUUCCUGUUUGAAAUUCUCACCGAUAAGAAUAGCUUAAAAAUUCAAAGAGAACCUGAUUGGGCAAAGAUAAAUGAAAAUUGUAACUUUGAAUAUGGAUUAAAUUUUACAUCAAAAGGACCAUCGAAGGGAAAAGAAAAAGCUGUUGAAAUUUUGGAUAUUUUGUAUCACUCUGUGACAAUGCAAUCAUUUGGAUGUAGUGAGCUAGUAGAAUGCAAAGAAGCAAAAGAAAAGCUUUGUAUACUAAAUUACCUUGCUUCGUCACAGUUACCAUUUUCACCAGUAUCGAUGAGACUUGGCGGCUCAAUGCAAUCAACAUCCCAAAAAAACGAUAAAGAGGAAAUAACGAUUUAUCGCAAAGACAGAAGAAUAAUGGCAAUAUUAAAAUUAAAUGAAUCAGAUAUAAAGCCGACUAAGAAAUUUGAAGAUGCUGUGGAUGAAGCUCUUAGAUCUAAUGAUCCACGCAAAUCUCUCGAAAAUGUUACUGAACAAUACGGACAAUUUUUUUGUAAAGGUUUCGAAAUUGGUGGCAUUAUUCUGUCUAUCGGACAAAACAAAAAAAUUACAAAUCUUAGAAUUGGAAAAAUUAAUCCAAUCAAUUAUUCUAAUGAUGGAGAUGAAUUUUUUCAGAUGUGUGGAGGCUUAGAAAAUCGUUAUCUAGUAGAAGGAAUGCGCGGAUGGCUCGAUUCAUUGAAGAAUUAUAAAAAUUGGAGAGUAGCUGAAUAUUUUGACAUAUGUUCGAUAUUUGACAUACUUGAUGAAGAAAGAAGGACAAAAGUAGCAACGGCUUUGGGAAGACGAAUUAUUGAUUCUCAAGUUGUAAAAUUAGAGUUAGUAAUGGACAUUUCUAAACCGGAUCCAUUUAUAUAUCAAUAUAAAAUUCCGAAAGAAUAUGAUUUAUCGGAUUGCCAAAUUUUUGUUACAGAAAUGAAAGAUGACAACUCGGAUACGAUAUUUGCUUCUCGAGUUCAUUAUAUCAACGAUAAAGAAUCGCCAGUAAUUUUAUUAUAUAGACUUGGAAAAUUAAAAAAGCAACCAGCAUUCCGAAGGUUUUCAGUAAAAUUAGGUUUGAGCAUACUUGGAAUAUCGACUAUACUGAAUUUAGACGGGCAAAAUUUAGUUUUUGAAAGUGGUGAAUCACUAAUCACAGUGAAAGAUGAACAUUGUUCAGCGAUUAUUACCUCGCGUAAACUGAAUCCGCAUGAAAGUCUAUUAGCUACUUGUGUUUCAAGAUCUAACAGUUUUACCAAUGCCGAUCCACUGACAUCCAAGUAUCUUGCAAGAUAUCAUUUUGUUUAUAACGAUGGUGCUAUUGAGGCUUGUGCUUUUUUCUAUGAUCUAGAGAAAAGAGAACUAUUUUAUCAAUUGGAUAAUUUAAACACAACAUUUUCAAUCAGUUACAGCAUAAUUUCUGGGCAACGAAAUAAUAAAUUCGGCCAAGCACAAAUAACGAGUGAAUCUUGCAUUACUGGUAUUAAAUCAAAACGAUAUAAAAUCCUGUUUGACAGCUAUCGUGAUUUGACACAAUCAUGUUUGCGGAACCCUAUUUUUGUCAACCUAAUCCUGAAUAAAUGUCCAAAAUAUUGCCCACAUGGGGUAUUUAAUAUUACACCAGAUUACGCGGAGUUUAAGUAUAUUAUUGACGUUGGCUUUUUCAACACGAGUUUGAAAAAUAUGCAAAUCGUAUAUUUUUGUGCUCCUUAUGCUGUUGCUGUUGAUAGAGUAAAGAGGAACUACGAGUUAGCAAAGAUUGAAAAUGUGGAGAAAGUCGAAGAUUAUACACAGAAAUUUGAAACGCACCUUGACGAAAUUUUUUCAAUGCAACAAAGAACUAUCGACCAAUUUAUUAUUGAUGAAGCAUCACAAAAGAAUCAAACGCUAUUAAAACAACAUUCUUCUUUACCCGAAGAAAAUGAACUUGACAAGAUUAAAGAGGAUGACAAGCAACCUACAUCUGAUAAUGAUAGUAUAGAGAAAGUUAAAGAUACCGAUACACAGAUAUUUGAAACGCAUCUCGAAUUUAAAAAAGACGAAAAUUCUUCAAUACAACAAAGAUCUAUCGAAGAAUCACAAAAAAGUCAAAAAUUAUUAAAAUUAAAUCCUUUGUUGCCAGAAGGAAAUGAGUUCGAUAAAAUCGAAGAGAAUGAUUUAUAUUUUACAAAGCUUCAAGUGGAUAAACAUACUAAAAUCCUAAAACAACCAUUGACUCUUAUAAAAGAAAAAUGGGAAGAAAAAUUCAAAUUGAUGAAUGGCAUAAUCAUUGAUAAAUAUACAAUUGAACAAUCAAUUGAUCCUGCGAUAGAUUAUAAAUAUUCAUCGCCAAUAAUCGAAUACAAGAAAUCACAAAAUAUGAAGAUUUCAUAUGUGUCGAAAAUAUGCGAUUCAUUUAUGCUUUCUGAGGGAAUAGAAAUUGAUGCAAGUUCAUCCGAAGAUUUAAAGAAUUUUUUUAUGCUAUUCAACAUGAAUCCCAGAAAACAUUCAGAAAAUGCAUUUUUAAACGAUUUAGAAACAAAUGAUAUCUAUUGUGAGAUUGCAAGUGAACAAAUUUUGAUUGAAUACAAUAUUCAAAAUAUUAAAAUUACUGACAAAUUAAAAGCUGCUGUCGAAAAAGCUUUGAAGUCAAAUACGCCAAUCGAAGAUUUAAAACACGUUUUUAAUGAGCUUGGACAUUUAUUCGCCACCAAAAUAAUAAUUGGUAAUAAAUUACAAAGAAUAGUGCGCUUAAAUGGAGAAAAUACUGACAAAGAAAAUAAAAGGUUAAUUUAUUUACCAGAAUUUAACGAAUUAGGUAAUGAAACUUUAAACCGUUGGAAAGAAGAAAUUCAACCACAUGACUCUUCGUAUUUGUUUACGAUAGACGGUGGCCUAAUUGAAAUCAACAAAAUUCCGAAAUGGCUUGAAACUGUUUCAUUAUGCGAAUCAGAAUGGCAUAUUAUCAAGCGCGUCGUUACUCCAUUAUAUAAAAUUCUUGAUAUCAAUCAACAACAAAAAAUUGAAAAAUUUUUCAGUAAACAAGAUUAUCUUCUAAUGACCAAUACAACUACAAUUUUGGAUUUUAACACUGGAUAUCAACGGAUAAAAUUCAAUAACAAACUGAAGAGCAGAAAUUAUCAAAUUUUUGGAAAAUUUGUGAAUGCCAGUGGCCAAACAUUCACAAAUAUUUAUGUGAAAUUUAGUCUGAAAUCCGAAUACGGAUUUUCAGUAAAUUGGAUUCAGGCUGGCGAUAUAAAUUUUUUAAAUUUUUUGAGAAUCUUGCAAAAACCAUACAAGCUUGAAUGGAUGCUAAUUGGCUGUCCAAGUGAAAUCGGCUAUUUUUACUCAACAGCUCGUGAUAAAGAAAUUAAAACUGGGUCUACAGAAUUGAAAAUUAAAUCCAAGAAAGAAGAACAACCAUGGUCUUGCCAAAUAAAUAUUGACAAAUCUCUUUCUCUAUCUUCUGCUGUUUCACUCAACAUCGAAUAUCCUAUCACACGAAAAACACCAAUUUUUAAAGCAAGUUAUCAGAUAUUACCGGAAUCACUUAUCGAGGUGAGAUUACAGUUACAAUUCAAUGGUGCGUACUACUUGAGGGGAUCAUUGAAGGGAGUAUUGUUAGAGACAGGGGUUCAUCAGUGUUUAUUACAAUAA